UAAAUUAUGUUCGGGAACUCCACCAUGUUUCAUCGAUAGCGCACGGUUGUUGUUAGCCAUAUAGCUAGCUAGCAUACCACUUGUUCGAUUGUAUUUACGCUGUGGUAUAUUUUUUGCAUGACAUUUAAACAGAUUGGUCGUCAAUUGUAAGGAAAUACAAGAGGAUCCAGUUGUAUGUUUACACAUUAGCCAGAGAGUUAAAUUAGCUAGAGAUAGCUGGACUAGCUAGCUAGGGUAGACUGUCAACAACAACCCUUCCCUGCUCUGUCAGGAAUUAGGAGUCAUCAUAGCUACUAGUUAGCUACAGUAACAAGAGAGUGAUUUACAACCAGUAGAUACACAGCUACAGUAGGUCUUAAAAAAUACUUAUCUUCAAUUGAGCGUUCACAUUGUCUGAGAACGGAGUAAGAGAUUGACGCAGUUGGAGUUGCUUUCUUACUUUAUUAUACUACCUGAAGUUUAAAGUCCUUUUUACAACGUCUUCAUGGGGAUGAGUCGAAUAGAGUGUAUAUUUUUUAGUGAGUUUCACCCAACACUGGGACCAAAGAUUACUUACCAGGUUCCAGAGGAGUACAUAUCCCGGGAGCUCUUUGACACAGUACAGGUGUACAUUAUUACCAAACCAGAACUGCAGAACAAACUCAUAACUGUAACGGCCAUGGGGAAGAAGUUAAUUGGUUGUCCGGUGUGCAUCGAGCACAAGAAGUACAGCCGUAAUGCUCUGCUCUUUAACCUGGGCCUUGUAUGCGAUGCAAGGACCAAGACCUGUGCCCUUGAGCCAAUUGUCAAGAAGCUGUCAGGGUACCUCACAACGCUGGAGCUGGAGAGUGGGUUCAUAUCGAACGAGGAGAGCAAACAGAAACUGCUACCUAUUAUGUCCACCUUGUUAGAGGAGCUAAAUGCUACCGGAGCCUGUACCUUACCCAUCGAUGAGUCCAAUACAAUCAACCUGAAGUUGAUUGAGCAGCGCAGGGACCCUCUGAUCGUGCAGGAGUACGACGUGCCUGUCUUUACUCAGUGCAAAGACCACUUCAUCAAAUCCCAGUGGGAUCUCACCACUCAACAGAUCCUGGCCUACAUUGAUGGGUUCAGGCAUAUCCAGAAGAUAUCUGCAGAAGCGGAUGUUGAACUUAAUCUAGUCCGGAUCGCCGUACAGAAUUUACUGUAUUAUGGUGUUGUAACCUUGGUAUCAAUAUUUCAGUACUCCAAUGUGUACUGCACAACCCCUACAGUCCAGAGCCUGAUAGAUGACAGGUCCAUUCAGGAGGAGUGUCUCAACUAUGUCACCAAGAAAGGACAGAAGAGAGCCUGUUUAAGGGAUGUGUUCCAGCUGUACUGUGGUCUGACUCCAGGCACCACAGUUCGUGAUCUUUGCUCCCGCUACUCACAGCAGCUGCAGAGGGUAGAUGAGAGGAGGCUGAUCCAGUAUGGACUGAUGAAGGCUCUCAUUCGCCGUCUGCAGAAGUAUCCUGUUAAGGUGACACGAGACGAGAGGAGCCGCCCACCACGCCUUUACACUGGUUGCCAUAGUUACGACGAAAUCUGCUGCAAGACGGGAAUGAGCUACAAAGAGCUGGACGAGCGCUUGGAGAAUGACCCCAACAUAAUUGUGUGCUGGAAGUGAUACCCUGGCUUAAUCAGCAACCACACUCACUUUGAUAGAGAAAGCCAUCUCUCUAACAAAGACAGACAGACACGAGGUCCGAUUGUACUGAAACAGAGGCCUCCUGCUCGCCUCUCAUCUGACCCACACAACUGCCUGCUGUCCAGGAGACACAAUGUGGAUCAACCUCGGCCAAAGAUGCCUUAGAAAAGUCAGUUUAUCACUGUUGUCUGUGGACUUCAUCCGAAAUGUUCUGGAAAUGAUCUGUGCAUUCAAAGGCUGAGACAUGUAGGAAUUUAUAUACUACUAGUAUGUCACCAAUGUCACCUGUUAUCAUCCUCAGGUUUUUCCAUCCAGACUUUGAAUCAAUCAUUGUGGGAUAGUUUCAUUCAGAACAAUGAAUGGAAUAAUUUUAAAAAGACCACAAAAAUGAGGAAUGUGGCAGGUAGCCUAGUGGUUAAGAGCGUUGUGCCAGUUCAGUGAACAUUCGCUAGUUCAAACUUUUGCGCCGACUAGGUUAAAAAUCUGUUGAUGUUCCCUUGAGCAAGGCACUUAACCCUAAUUGCUCCUGUAAGUCGCUCUGGAUAAGAACAUCAGCUAAAUGACUCAAAUGUAAAAUGUGCUUAUUAAUGUACCAAAAAAUGAUAAUACCAACUCCUUGCAAUAAUAAAGAUGCGUUGUUGAUUUGAA